AUGUCAUCACCAGUUCUCUAUUUUCUAAUAGAUAUGAAAGAAGUAGAUGUUGCCCUUGGAUAUGGUAUUAUUCCAACACCUCAAUUAGACUUUGCUCAUAGAAUUUUAUACUUUUUAAAUUCAACAAGCCUGAAUCAAUACAAUAAAUUAAGAAUAUUCCUAAAAUGCAAAACUACAUAUGUCGAAGUCUCUCCAAUGCUUCUUGUUCCUGCUUCACUUGCAGAAUUCAUCAAUUUAUUAACAAAUUGCCUAAAUGGCCUUGAAGUUAAAGUUGAUAAUAUACGUGUACUUACUCUUAAAAAAGAAUUACCUCAAUUACCAAAAAUAAAAUACGCAGUUCAUCCAACUUCAGAAAAAGUUGUUGAUCCUUCGACAAUUGUUUUCAAUCCUUGCGUUAUUGAGUUAUCUAGACAGCCUGAUAUGCUUGAUUCCGAGAAAGUCUGUUUUUCAAAAUAUCCGCUUGAUCCAAUUACUCAAUGCGGUUCAAUUGUAUCCGCUUUCGAAAAGCACUUCAAGAUUGAGUGA